UUUAAUUAAACAUAACUCGAUUUAGAGAACAUUUACUUCAUUUUCUGUCAGUUUAGUCGAUAUUGAACAUCAUAAUUUAAUUUUAAAAAAUAAAAAACCGCGCAUGUCAAAGUAAAUUGUUGGUUGUCAUAUUUCCUAAAUUCUUGCAAUUCAGCAUUAUUAGUUUAUUUUUAAAUUUUAUAUUUUAACAACAUGCGAAUAGUGGUAUCUUUAGAUUUUUAUAGUUAAUUAAGUUGGCAUCCCUGCAGAGGACGCCUCGCCAAAAGUGGCAACUCCGUGGAACUGUGUCUGUGGCGGCAUUUCGAGCGGAAUUAAGAUCCUUCGUUUAUUUUGCAUUAUUCACUGUCAGUUCAAAAGGUAUGCCGCGCGUUGUCAAACCCAAAGCUGCUGCCGGCACAGCGCCGGCAAAAAAAGCCGCGCCGGCUAAAAAGGGCAAGAGUAAGCUGUACGACAUGCCAGAAAAGGUUCCGGAAGGCACUGUCUUCACGGACAUGACAAAGGGGCAGUGGCGGAUUGGCAAAUCUAUUGGGAUCGGGGGUUUCGGCGAGAUCUACUCCGCCUGCAAAGUGGGUGAAAAGAACUACGAUGCUGUGGUGAAAUGCGAGCCACACGGCAAUGGACCACUCUUUGUGGAGAUGCAUUUCUACCUGCGAAACGCCAAGCAAGACGACAUCAAACAGUUCAAGCAGAAGAAGGGCAUUAAAUCUCUGGGCAUGCCCUACAUCCUGGCCAAUGGAUCCGCAGAUGUCAAUGGACAGAAGCACAGAUUUAUAGUGAUGCCGCGCUAUGGCUCCGACAUAUCCAAGUUCUUCUUGGAGAAUGGCAAGAUACUGCCCGAAGGUACCGUGUACAGGCUGGCAAUUCAAAUGUUAGACGUAUAUCAAUACAUGCACGGAACUGGCUACGUUCAUGCGGACCUUAAGGCGUCCAAUAUCCUGUUGGGAUUGGGAAAAGGCGGUGGCGCGCAGGCCUAUCUGGUCGAUUUUGGUCUGGCUUCCCACUUUGUAACGGGAGACUUUAAACCAGACCCCAAGAAAAUGCACAACGGCACCAUGGAGUAUACAUCAAGGGAUGCCCAUCAUGGUGUGCCCACGAGGCGAUCUGAUUUGGAGAUCCUGGGCUACAAUCUAAUCGAGUGGCUGGGCGCAGAGCUGCCCUGGGUCACGCAAAAACUACUCGCAACUCCGCCAAAGGUUCAAAAGGCUAAGGAAACUUUUAUGGAUGACGUCGAAGGCAGCCUGAAGUCUCUCUUUCCGAAAGGAGUUCCGGCGCCCCUUGGAAGCUUCAUGAAGUAUGUCUCCAAGCUCUCACAUAGUCAGGAGCCAGACUAUGAUUUGUGCCGUUCGUGGUUCUCGACUGCUCUUAAACAGAUGAAGAUCCCGAACUCUGGGGAUCUGGACUUUAAGCUGAAGCCACAAACCAGCAGCAACAACAACCACAGCCCAGCGAAAACUAGCAAAGUGGCAGUAGCUAAAAGGGCUAAGAAAGUGGACUCUCCGCCGGUGAACUCCUCGAUUGAGGAAAUCAUCUCGGCCAGUGAAGAUGAGGAGGAAUUAGAAGUGCUUCCGCGAAAGAGACAGGGCACUAGACCUUCGCCGAAAGCUCGAGCGGCCAAGGUGUCGCCCAGAAAACGGGUGGCUGCUUCAUCCGCUGAACAGAGCACUCCCCCAAAUCAGAAGCGCAUCAAGACUGAGCCCAAUGGCACCAAGAGCACGCCGAAAGCGACACCCAAGAGCAGUCCCCGGUUGGGUACUCCCAAUGCAGCUAAAUCUCAAACACCUAGUGCGUCGAAGCUGCAAACUCCCUCUGCCAGUGCUAAAAUUAAUUUCAGUCCGGCGAUCUCCCUGCGUGGGCGACAGGGCGGCAAAACCGUGGUCAACGAUGACUUGACCCCGAACCCGCGCUCCAACAAAACUUACGAAUUUAAUUUUGAGCUAGAUGUGAGCAUGGAUGCCAACGUCAUUGUGAAUGUCAAGCGCAAGAAGCCCGCUAAGGAACAGGCGAAGUCCUCGCCCAAAACCUCCACAUCUCGCAGCUUGGCCAGUUGCAUAGACUCGCCAGUUACUAGGGUUAAUCUGCGAAAGGUUAACGGUCACGGAGAUGAAGGAUCUCCUUCGACCGGCCGAAGUCCUCGCACACCAGCAGUCACCGUUCGCAAGUACCAACGAUAGGUGUCAUUGUUUUUUUUUGUACGUUUUCAUUAUUGCAUUUAAUAAAAUUGCUGAUUAUUAUUUAUUAAUUUUGAUAUCCUUGUGGGUUAUCCCAAACUAAGCUUAGUGGUUCAUCUUAACGGUCAAGUGUUCAAAUGGCUGUCUGAAGAAAGAAA